CAGCAAUCACAUAUAUACUGCCAGCAUGACAGCAUGCAUCAAAAAUAGCAAGAAUAUAAAGAGAUCGAGCGUGUCCCGCCUGUCAGACACACCUGGUCUCACUCCAGCAGCUUAUCAGUAUCGAACUCUGCUCCACUCCACCGGCGAGCAAGGCAAGUAUGGACACCUGCACCUGGCCGAGGGUGAUGCUGGCCUGUCUGCUGGUACUUCUGGCACAAACAGUUUUGGGUCAGACUCCAAUCCAGAGUCCAGAGUCAGUGAUGGAGUUUGACUGCAGGCGCCCAGGAGUAAGCUGCGGAAACUCUUCAAACGAAAAUCUGUGUCUACCUAAUGGGACAUGUGACUGUUCAUCAACAGGUCGCUCAGGCUACGACUGCACACUGGAUGAAAGCAAGGUAUUGUCCAUCUGCACCACCUGCUACAAUGGCGCGACAUGCUUGACAGACGGGUCUUGCUACUGCUCUGCGGGUUACUAUGGCAAGCAGUGCGAGAAUAAGAGAGCUGAGCUCUGGUGCGACGGACAAGAGAUGACCAUCAACAUCUUUCCAAUCGGUUCUGCUGGCUACCAUAUCUUUGUUACAACCCAGGGGAAGGAUAACAGCAAUAAUUCAGCCUGCAAUCUGACAGAGAUUACCGAUCCAGCCAACUACUCUUCUAUAUCAUAUGUAAAAAAUACGAUAGUCAACGCAGUCCCACAACUGCAAGGGUUCAUCAUAAGACUUAACCACACGGAUUCCACUGGCACAUUGUGUGGUUCCGCCAAUAAAACAGAAGACGUCAAUGUGAGCCGUACAGACUAUAUCCGUAAGGUUGUGCUGGAGUACAACGCAGCCAUCAUCAGCAGCCUCGAUCAUCUCAUCACUUUGAACUGCAGCAUGCAGAAUUACACCAAUUUCACCACCUCAUCAGACAGUGCUGCUGUCUCCAUUGCAGAGGAUGACUACACACCUGUGGAUGUUGUGACGACUUUCCAGCCAGUCAUCUUUGAAGUGAUGGACGCUGAAAAUAAGCCUUUGUCGACUUCAGUGACUCUGGGCCAGGACAUCAAGCUUGUGUUUACACUGGCAGACAACUCAAAUUACACAUCGUUCAAGGUCGCCAGCUGCUUCGCCGCCAACGGAAACACGAAUAGUUCCUUGAAAUUUAGCCUGAUUGACAAUGAUUGCCCGACCACCCAGAGUAAGCUGGUGAGCCUGGGGGAGGCGCAGAGGUCCACAGUUCCAGGGGCUAGUGGAAACCUGAAGAAAGUUAUUAUUCCACUCAAGGCUUUCAAGUUCAAGGGCAUCAUUGACCAAGUCAUCUUCAGCUGCACGUGCACGAUGUGUAGGAACGGAGACGACACAGCCUGCAACGAGAGAACCUGUGGAGCAGCACCUGCAACCCCAGCGCCAUCGACUACGACUACAACUACACAGCAGACUACGGAAGCCAAUACAACUGAACCGUCCGCAGGGAGAAGAAAGAGAGCAGCAAGCCAGCAAGACCAACAGGAAGUGUCGUCAACAAUCCGGGUUACCAGCAGCAGCACCAGCACCAGCGGAAGUAGCAGUUCAAGUGGCCAAGACAGCCAGACCGUGGCCGAGGAGGAGUGCAUGGACCGCACGCAGGUCAUCACCAUCAUCGUCGUGUUCAGCGUCAUCGUCUUGCUCUUGCUCGUGGUGGUGGUGGCCCUGGUGGUUUCGAUUUACAGAUCCAGGUUGAGGAUUGCAAGCAAGGUGGGCAUCUUGGAAAGCACCAGCCUCUACUCUCUCCCACGACUCACCGUUGCCCACGACAAACCGGCGUAGACCUAUCUCGGUGAGAUGGUUCCAGGGCUCCAAAGUCGAGUCCACUCCUUAGUCAGACUUUUUCAUCUGUUCUUCUUUCGCCCUGAGAUGUUUUCUAGCAGCAUAAAAUCCUGGAUAAAAGUCUAGUCGCAGUCUAUCUUAUAUCUUUAUAUACAAGAAAGCGAGUCACCAGUCGCCAAGUGCCAGAAAGUGACCUUCUGACAUUUAUUUUCUCUGUUUAUAAUUUUUAAAUGGCGACAUAAUUGCACAAAACACGGAGCUACAAGAGUGGCAGUAGAUUGGUUUGUUAUAUUUCUUUAUUUAACCGUUACUGGACGUUUAAAAGACUGUUAUUGCAAGGUUUGAAAAUGCACUAGAUGCAUGCUCUCAACUCUCGCUUUUUCUCGCUCUUUAACCCUUCUAUUCCUCCUUUCUUCUCUAUGUUUCUCUCAACUGGUAUCUGUAGCAACUCCCCCACCUUAUCCACCUCACACCCCCACAUACCACCAUCACACCUACACUCACACACACCAAAAAAAUAAAAAUAAUAAUCAACGAUUGUGAUCACGUGAUCAGACGAACAUAACGUCUUCCUUUGUUUCUGUAAAUCACUAAAGAUUUACAAUGCUGAUUUAUGAAUAAUGUUUAUGUAUAUAAAUAUUGAGUUGUCUUUUUCGUAUCAGAAUGUGAAAUUCUUGCGUUGAAUCCUAAAAAAAUUAAAUGCACGAUGGCAUCCUUUGUUUAUCACCUGACUAGACAAUUUCCUUCACGGCCACAGAAGGCCAUCCUGGCUAUCCUGGCUAUCCUAGCUAUCCUGGCCAUCUUGACUAUCCUGGCUAUCCUGGCCAUCCUGGCUAUCCUGGUUAUUUUUUCUGUCAAACGUUAGUCAGAAGUUACCUACCAUGCUUGCACAUAGGAAAGGUUGUGUUUUUUUAAAGAGGGUUUCUGCAAUGGCUUCAGGUGCUAUUUCUAUUAACUGCUAUUUCUGCCCACCCGUAGAGCUUCUUCCCAGCACCCAGAAACUUCCAGGAAUGAUGUUGGGUCUAUGGUUUUGUUACUUGUACAUGAUUCUUAUUUAUGAAAUGCUCGAGCACUUCAAUUGUUACAGUAGCUACUUAGCGGUGAUUAAUUGUUUUUUGUUGUUAGUGACAAUCGUAUCACAUAUCUGUCAACGUUUGACUUUUUAAAAACUUGUAUUGAGCUUUGAGCAACAUUGAUACAUUUUAUUGUAUCUGUGCUUUUAUGCAAUUUCUGUGGCUUUAAGGAUAAGCCGUGAAAAAAAAAAGAUUAAAUUAUUUUUGAAAUAUUCUAAGUCCGGAAAAAUAAUUUGUUAUGAAAAAGACCACAGUGCCCAUUAAUCUAAAAAUAAUGCAGUCUAAACUUUGCUACGCAUGCAUAAAAACACGAUUGGAGUUUUACAUGUGUGAUGCUCGUAUCUACAACCCGCGAGAGAGAGGUUCAAGUACGACAUGUUCCCAAACAAAGAUGAAUGGAAAAUGAAAACCACUCUAAGCGGCAGGAUUUUAGAUCCGCACCGAGGAGAAAAAAAAAAGUUCCCGAUCUGGGAUACGAACGCGAACCUUUUGGAUUGAAGCUCGCCGCAGUUUGGCGGUACGAAAUCUGUCGCGUGUCCGAGUUUUCGGUGCACUUUGACACAAGUUCUGGACACAUUCGCACUUUACUGUAGCAAACUCAGCUGACAGGAUAAAUCUGCAUUCAGUUCAAUCCUCUUACUCGUCGGUCCCAAUGUAACAAAGUAUUUUUUUCAAGAAAUAAAUUUGUGAAGCAUUUUUUUAGUCCAUACCCCUCUGUUUGCAUCACCGCUGCAAGUGAUUAUACUUUAUAACGUUUAUUUCCUGCUGAUUUACUUAUCUACUACAACCUGGAAUAUUUAAUAUGUUGGAAUAAGAAUAAAUUUUUACUCUGUCAAUUAAAGAAAACUGAAAACUUUC